AGAAAAUCGAGUACUGUCUAUGAUUCCAAUCUCAAACCACUACUGCAAGAAUUAAGCAUAUAUAAGCGCUUGUGCAACACCCACGUACUUUGAUUUGAGAGUAGUACUACUGAAUCAUAUAUGGCUUCCAAAUCAUGGGUCGUUCUUUCUCUUCUAUCUUCCUUUGCCAUUAUUCUUGUCACCGGAGAAUUAGAUCAUGGUUUUGUUAGGAGGCUAGACCGGAGGCUUCUCGGGCUGAAGAAAGAAAAGCUCAGCCAUUUUCGUUUCUAUUGGCAAGACAUCCUCGGUGGUCGUAACCCUACAGCUGUACAAAUCGUGCCACCCGUCAACACAUCAUCAUCAACAUUCUUUGGCGCAAUAAACAUGAUCGAUGAUCCAUUGACCUUAGAACCUAACUUGAGCUCUAAGUUGAUAGGAAGGGCUCAAGGGUUUUACGCCUUGGCUUCGCAAGAAGAAGUUGGUCUACUAAUGAUCAUGAACUUUGCCUUCAUUGAAGGCAAAUAUAAUGGCAGCACGAUUACUGUGCUAGGAAGGAAUGCGGUGUUUACGAAGGUCAGAGAGAUGGCAGUGAUCGGAGGCAGCGGACUUUUCCGGUUCGCUAGGGGUUAUGUUCAGGCCAAGACGUACAAGUUUGACAACAAAAACGGGGAUGCCACAGUUGAGUACAAUGUGUAUGUGUUGCAUUAUUGAAACUCUAUAUAUAUAUAUGCUCAGGCCAACCUCACUUGCUCUGGCCUGUUACGUUGGGAGAUCAUGAAAUAUAUAUAAAUAUAUAUAUAUAUAUAUAGCUCUUCCAAUAAUGUUGGCCACCUUGAUCUUCUCCCCCGGCCAAAAUAAUUAUCAUUUAAAUGUUGGUCACCUGGCGUGAUCUUUAUACUUUAAUUUCAAGCCCAAAUUUAUUUGGGCUUGUCAUGAUAUGAUCUAACAUAAAAUUAGGUUAUAUAAUUGCAAUUAAGCUCUA